UACGUGUCUAUUCCUGACGUAACCGGCAAGUGUCACAGAACGCCUUGGACCAUAGUACAUAUUUACGUUACGUAAACAAUACCACGUUACGUAAACAAUACCACGUUUCGUGCUUAUCAAAUACUUGAUUUUCAGGCAAGUACACUUGUGCAAAUGAAUUCUGAAAUAGUUGCCAACUUUUUCGAGAAGUUACUUUUUUCGAUUGUCUAAAAUUUCCCUUAGCCAUUGAUUUUAUUUUUUUAAACGUAAAAAGUUUUAAUUAAAAAAUUAAAUUUAAUGGUCAAUGUAUUAUUUUUUCAUUAGAAACCUGGGCCGAAUCUGCAUUGCUAAGGUAAUUACCUUGUCGAAAAAGUUAGUCGUCUCAUAUUCCAUUCCCCCUAAUAUACAAACAGUACGUUAUGCAAUGUUCCAGACGUUUUUGAACAAAUGCGCCCAAUACUGUCAAAAUUUUAUCAAUUUAUGAUGCUGAGAUAAUCUCGGUCAAGCAUCAGAUACGGGUGAUCGUGUUGUUAUAACUACGAGGUUCUGUCGAAAAAACGGCUAGUUACACGCUUGUUCUCACGAACUCAACAUGGGCGAGUCGAAGCCGCACAAAAUUUGGCUGCUCAUAGUUGCCAUUAUCUUGCCAAACGCUGGCGGAUGGGUCGGAGCUGCUCUAUGGCAAGACAAGGACUGGUUCGAGAACGAGGUUGUGCAACCGUCAUGGAGGCCACCAAACUGGCUUUUCCCAGUCGCUUGGACGAUAAUUUACACAUUGAUGGGCAUCGCUUCUUACUAUGUAUGGAAAGAAUCGCCGAGUAAGGAGAAGCUUUACCUUCCGCUCGGAGUUUACUGUCUACAACUGAUCUUCAACUGGUUCUGGACGCCGUUAUUUUUCAUCUGGCAUCUCAUCCUCGUGUCGCUGAUCGACAUCGUGAUCCUGUGGGUGCUGAUCGUUGUCAUGAUCUACCUGUUCUUCAGGGUUUCAAAGAAGUCAGCGUUAAUGCUGGCCCCGUACAUCAUUUGGGUAACGAUCGCGACUGCUCUGAACGCGAACUAUUAUCACCUUAACAAGGAUCUCUAAGCCUUAGCUGUGAUAAUUGUGCAAUUUAUUGUACCUGUUCAUAAUUAUAUACUCAUGUAACUGCGUCAGAGUAACACACGCGUGCGUAAAGAGUGAAUUUUUAACGACUGCAUGGUCCACCGUCUGCUAAAAUUUAAUGCGCAUGCGCUGCGGUCCGAGAGCAACCAUUUGCCAGGGUGACCAACUGUCUCCAGACUCAAAAAUUUUCACAGUUGUAAAUCGAACACAACUGACAUCGACGAUUGUGAAAAUUUUUCAAGUUAAACAUUGCGGCGAACUGUCGUAUAAAUUUGUAACGGUUGGUAGCCCUGGCAAACGGUUGCUCUCGGAUUAUAGCGCAUGCGGUAAUUAGAAAUUCACUCUGUAUAACGCUAUAUGACAAGAGUAUGUGAAAAAGGAAAGGGAGCAGACAAACGAUUAAGUGACAAUCAAAUUUUAUAUGAUACUUGUAGGUUUGGUGAUAAUAAAAUUAAUUACUGACAAAUCAAA